AUGCCGCAGAAACAACUAGCUACCAGCGAUCAGCUCCGCGAACUAUUGGAAGCAGAGAGAGCACGCUUCACCGACCAGUGUGUUCCUUUGUCGACAAAACAGCUUCAGUCUCUCAAGCGUGCGUCGGAAGUAGCCAUGGUUGGAGAGGUCGCAGUGCAACGAAAUACUCCAAAGAAGCGAGCACGCACUAUUUUGCGCGAACUCUGGGCUAAUAGUCCUGAAAUAUUUGUUCUUUGUGCCAUAGCUACCAGUCCAAGCACCUUGGGCGAGUUGAAAGCCUCAGACUACCUACAGGUAUUGUUUCGCUGGUGGGAUGAUGUCCAUCAUCCCAGUGGACUCAACGAUCUCAUCAAAACCCUCCAGCAUUACCUCCCGAGUUUGAGCGACAAUGAGGACACCGAAAGAGGAGAGAGAUCAGCUAGCUCUCCAUCCCUGUGCGCAACACUGAGCCUUAGUGAUCUUCUCUCCUUCCUCCAGGCGCUCCCGCACAGUGGUGAAAACGACACGACUUUUAUGAUUCACAUACCUGGAGACCAUCAGGAGUCUCCUUUCAUUGAGAUAUCGAGUGAAAUGUGCCAGGGCCUCGUAGCACAUACCUUGGAAAGAACAAAGGAGACGAGAUUUAAAGCUAUGCCUCAUACCCGGGACUGGACAUAG